AUGGCUAAUAAUCUCACAUCUGCUGUUGAUAAAAAAUUGGUUCUGGGUGAAGAUUCUAAAGAUCCUUCCUCAGAUGCAAAAGGAGGGUCGAAAGAUGACAAGUCCCUGGUUGUUUGCUUUGGGGAAAUGCUGAUUGACUUUGUGCCCACAGUCGGUGGAGUUUCACUUGCUGAAGCACCUGCGUUUAAAAAAGCUCCUGGUGGUGCUCCUGCUAAUGUGGCUGUUGGCGUCUCAAGACUGGGUGGUUCAUCAGGUUUUAUAGGCAAGGUAGGUGAUGAUGAAUUUGGCUACAUGUUGGCUGACAUUUUAAAGCAAAACAAUGUUAACAAUUCUGGGGUGCGAUUUGAUCCCAGUGCAAGAACUGCAUUGGCAUUUGUUACGCUCAGAGCUGAUGGAGAGCGUGAAUUCCUGUUUUUCCGUAAUCCAAGUGCUGAUAUGCUUCUACGUGAAUCAGAUCUCGACAUAAAUCUCAUUCAACAGGCAAGAAUCUUCCAUUAUGGUUCAAUUAGUUUGAUUGACGAACCAUGCAGGUCAACCCAUCUUGCUGCGAUGAGGAUUGCCAAGAAGUCUGGUUGCAUCCUUUCUUAUGAUCCAAAUUUAAGAUUGCCAUUGUGGCCAUCAGAAGAGGCUGCACGGAAGGGCAUCAUGAGUAUAUGGGAUCAAGCAGAUAUAAUCAAGAUAAGUGAGGAUGAAAUCACUUUCCUGACUGGCGGAGAUGAUCCUUAUGAUGAUAAUGUUGUGUUAACCAAGCUUUUUCAUCCCAACCUUAAACUGUUGGUAGUAACUGAAGGAUCAGAGGGUUGCAGAUAUUACACUAAGAAAUUUCGGGGCCGGGUUGCUGGUGUUAAAGUUAAACCUGUUGAUACAACUGGUGCCGGUGAUGCAUUCGUCAGCGGGGUACUGAACAGCAUAGCUUCUGACUUGAGUCUUUUUCAGAAUGAGCAGGGGCUACGAGAAGCUCUACUCUUUGCUAAUGCAUGUGGUGCACUCACAGUAACAGAAAGAGGAGCCAUUCCUGCAAUGCCAACAAGAGAAGCUGUGCUUCGGUGCUUAGCUCAGGUUGCUGAUAAAAAGUAG